AUGAAUUUCCAGCGGUCGCCGUUGAAUUUGACGUUGGUCGCCUGCUCUUCCAUAGCCAACAGCUUCGAUCGAGCCCCGCUUAGAAUGUUGUUGAGGAUCUGUUUUCAAAAGGAUAUUUUGACUUUUCAGCGUCAGUCUGAAAAUGACCUUGACAGUCCGAACAUGUCAGGAAAAAGUUCGACGCGAAUCGAAGAUGAUUUCAUUCCAAUUUUUUUUCUCGCAAAGGAAUACACCUUUCGAACAACAGAAUUGGAGAAAAAAGAAGAAGAGCUAAAAGGAUCAAAGCACAGCUUAAUCGUCUAUAUCUACGUCGCAAACGGAAUCGCGGAAAAAGAAGUACCGAAGGAAUAUCUGUCAAUUUAUUUGAUUGGAUUUCAAGAGCUUUACUUUUUUACAUUUUUCGCCUGUUCUGCUGAUUGCGGCAUAGAGAUGAAGAUUCUAUCACUCGCUCUCGUCGGCAUAACACACGCGCUGAUAUGCUAUGAAUGCGACAAUGCAAAAAACAUGGAUGAAUGCAAGGCACAAAGAAAACCAAGAGAGUGCAACGAAAAUGAGAAUUCCUGUCAGCAAGAAAUCAGAACCUGGGGCCCAGGUGGGAAAUUCAUGUCAAUCACCCAGCGGUGCAAACAAAAGCAUGCUUGUGUUAACAAUCACAUACAGAAUCCCCGAGCCGCUUGGAAGGACACACAAUGUCAACCUUUUACGCACCCAGAAAACUCCGUCUGCCGUUGUUGUUGCACUUGGAACUACUGCAAUGGUAAAGAAUACGCUGGUUGCAAGGGCAUGGCUUUUUGGAAGACAUCGACAGAGUCGCCACCGACGAACACAACGACGCCUGUUUCAUUGACAACAACAUCAGCCACAACGACAACAACAACGACACCGGCAGUGACGAGUCCGUCAGACGGUGAAGCAGAAACAACCUCGCUUGACAUCGGUUUCGUAACUGAGUUUCCGCCAGCACCUACGACCACGGAGGCACCUACGACGACAGAAGGGCCAACAUGUGAGUGGACCGAGUGGACUGAAUGGGAUAAAUGUUCUGAGACCUGCGGUGGUGGACAGCGCAAUCGAUAUAGAAAUCCUACUGGCGACAUGAAUGCCCCCGGAUGUGAAGGCUUCGCUGAAGAUGUCGAAUAUUGCAAUACGCAAGAUUGCGACGAGAAACAGUGCAAAGAUAAUUAUGUCGACGUAUGCUUCUUGCUUCCAGUUAACAACGCGACAGAUAACAAGAGCAUCCGAAUGAUGCGAAACUUCGUCCGCGAUACUCACAGUUACAUUGGAAAUUUCGGAAGCGAAGAUCUUCAAUUUUGCGUUUACCAAUACGCUAAUAGCGCCUCACAGGUGUUUUCUCUAUCUGACUCUGCCAGUUUUGACUCUGCUACGUUGAGAAGCGCGCUCGAACAAGGAAUCUUGCAACCUGCCGACAAUGGUGCAAAUAUCGGCAGCGCCUUUAAGACCAUUCACGACGAGGGAUUCAAUGCUGUUAACGGGUGGAGAAAGAACGACCAAAUUCCAUCUGUUCUCGUCGUCCUGACUGACAAUCUCAACACUCUCGAUUUCUACGAAGAUCUUCAAUAUGUUCAUAACAAGGCUUAUCGGGUUGUCGCGGUAGGUAUUGGUGAAAAUGUGAAUGGGUCCUCGUUGUCUUCAAUCGCCUCACUCCCGUCCGAGGAGAAUGUUUUCUCAGUUGCUGACUUUACAGGACUCGCAUCGGUUGUACCAGACGUCGGAUACGAUAUCUGCCAGGUCGAUUACUGGAAAGAAGAUCAGUGUAUGUACCAAAACGGGGGGUGCACGGCGACACAAACUUGCUACGUGCAGUAUAAUGGCAAGCAAUGCUACGACAACGCUCUAUCGUCCUAA